AAAUCGCUCGGAACAUUUCGGCCAUGGCCGAGUUGUUACGAUUGUAUAACGAGGUCUUUCUCGAAGCUUUGUCGGAGGAGGCCGAGUUCUUACGAUUGUAACGAGUUGUCCCCCUUCGCAUAAUUGUUGUCAGUGUCAGUCAACUUUCGUUUUGUUGGAAAGAAAGACAGAACUGCUGAUCUUGCAGCCAAAUGGAAGCACUCAUUCGGAGCUCCUCGGCCAUUUUUUCCAAAACAACCUCGGAUGUAUUCCGGUACAUCUGUUGAAGUACGGACUUAAACGUACCACUUUUUGAGUAUGUAAACCGUCCAUAUACAUCCGAGGUAUUUUUUGAAAAAAUGGCCGAGGAGUUCCGAAUGGGAAGCACUGUGCCAUCUCUCAGGAGCCGGUGAUGGCGUGUGAACUUGGAAGUUUAAAUCUCCAAUGGUUGCUUUCCAAUGCACAUCGGCGAGAUUAGAACACCCAAAUCCUUGGUACAGUCGGCGUGGCAAGAUGAUGCCAAAACAGGGAGAUGGCGUACAAAGACCCGGGUUACAGGUUGUACACAAAAGCCCCAACUUCCUUUGUAUCGACAAGAUGUAUGACUUAAAGAUAAACAGUGACGACCCAACAGAUAUGACGGUUAAACAUCAGGCUAGGGCAAUGUUUCCAGAGCUUGUGGACCCCAAAUGUUCCCAUGGAUUUAGGUUUGUACAUAGGUUGGACUAUGCUACAAGUGGUAUUCUCUGCCUGGGCCUGACCAAAAAUGCUGCUAAACACCUGUCGAAACUGUUCCAUAAUAAACAAGUGACCAAGUAUUACCUGGCAUUGGUACGAGGUCACAUCGUUGAUGAAGCUGUGCUGAUAGACGUUCCUAUUGGUCGUCUUGAUGAUGCCGAGUGGGCAGGUCGUAUGUGUGCAGCCGACCAUGAAAAGUGUGAUGUUCCGCGACCCACAGCUACCCUCCUUGUGUGUCUGGAGAGGGGGAUGUAUGGUGAUAAGCCUGCAACAAAAGUGCUGCUUAAACCCAUCACUGGUCGUCAGCACCAGUUGAGGGUACAUUGUGACUACAUCGGACACACUAUAGUUGGUGACUACACCUACAGUUUACGUCAAGAUAAAACACCACACCGUAUGAUGCUGCACUCUCAUAGACUUGUAGCGGAUAUGAAGAUUGAAAAUCUGGAUUUACGGACUUCAGAUCCGUUUACUACGGACUUGAUUGAAGAGUGGAACCCGAGUGCAAUAUGUAGGCCUUAUGAAGAGGCGGAAAGUAUUGCUAAAGGAUUUGAAAUGGACAAUAUGGAUUCAAUAUCAGGAAUGGAUAAAUUUAGACUAGUUCGUAUCAAAUUAAGUGAGUCUCAAGGAGAGGAAAGAUAUACAGAGCUUUAAUAGGGCUUUAUUUAAUAAAGCUUUAAUAGUUCUUUGAUAGGGCUUUGAUAGAGCUUUGAUUUGAUUUUAGUUAAUAAAUUCAUAGGUAACUACUGAUA